AUGGCAUUUAAUAAGAAAGCAGGCUUAACAACAGCAGAUUUUGAAAUAUUUGGAAAAGUGCAAGGAGUUCAUUUUCGCAAACAUACCCAGAGAAAAGCGAUCGAUCUAGGCUUAAAAGGAUGGGUAAUGAACACUGCUCAAGGCACUGUGAUUGGUCAAUUGCAAGGCCCACAAGGUGCAAUAGAAGACAUGAAACUAUGGCUUCAGAAAGUUGGCAGUCCUAAAUCAAAAAUAGAGAAAGCCGAUUUCAGGAACGAGGGCCCGAUUAACAGCUGUGCCUUCAGAACUUUUGAAAUCAGGCGAUAA